AUGGUUGACAUCUCUGUGCGUCUACAGGGACCGUCUAACCCCAGGCCUAUCGAGGUCGCUUCCGACUCUACCUCUCUGACGAAGAGAAAUAUCGCUUCUUCACUUCAAGAUGCCGUCGGUGACACAGAACGGAAGCGCCAACGUCUUGCCAUUGGGCACUCCUCGUUGUCUAAGAGCCCCUUACCCCCACCGUACCGCCCCAAUUACGUGCUUCACGAAGUUAGAGUCAAGCGAGCGGCGCCUAAGGUUCGCGAGAGUAUCGAGACCUCACCGAGUGCUACGGCUACCAUUAGCACCAGUCCCAUGAGCAAGUUCGCCGGGACGGUCUCGCCCCGGGUCAGCCGAGACUCUUCAAGCGGUGAAAACGAGUUCGUGUCACCUUCAUGGCCUGCACGUGUCGUGUACUUACACGACUAUUACAAUCCAGCCUCGAUAAGGUUGCCAUUCGUCUUUCACUACGGCGACUGUGGAUGCUCGGAUCCUUGCCGAAUCGACACAUGCCGCAAUGCGCAGAUGAAUGUGUUUUGCACGGACAAAUGCUGUGUCUGGGAGGAACUUUGCGCGAAUCGCCCACGCGAGUCUGCCAAAGUUGCAGUCAAGCAAGAUUUAGAAUCGGGGAAAUACGCAGUGGUUGCAACGGCAGAUCUCAAGAGAGGGGAAGUGCUUGGUGAGUACUUAGGGCGUCUUCGCUACAUGGAAACGGAUCGAGCUAAACGACCAAGGAACCAAGGAUACAUGCUUACGCUCCGCACGGCAACCGAAGGUGCACGUUCACAGAGAGUCGGCAUCGAUGCUCACCAGCUCGGUGGUCGCAUGCGUUUUGCGAACCACGCGUGCGACGCAAACGCGGAAUUUUUUGAGUUCGCUAACGGAUCUCGGCACACAGUGGUUGUCGUGACUACGGGGGAUAUUGGCGCAGGAUCGGAGGUCACCGUGAAUUACGGAACCGAUGUAUGGUUUGUGUGCCGCUGCAAGUACCGGAAGUGCAUUCACGCAUCCAUCCAGGACCAAGAGGAUCCGUAG